CGAGGUGCUCGAGCAGUGCACUGAACUUUUACCUAAUUUGCUCCGUGAGAUGGCGGGGCAGUCCAGUCAGGUGGUGUUGGAUCAAUGCACGUGCAGCUCGGAGCAAACUUCAACCAUUCCACUGCUUCACUUUCAUCAUUCGCACAAAAAAGAAGAACAUUAGAUCAUUCAAGCCUAUACCACUUGGGAAAUGCCGCCCAGAAGCAACAGAGACGCUCUGUUUUUUCACGAAAUCUCCCGCCCAUCAUAUAAAACAAGGUAUCGAGAGCGUGCCCCGCUUGGUGAUGGUCCGUUGCGCCCAGUCAGCCCAGUCAGCUCACGCUCGAACGAGGAGCGAAAUGACUUCCUUCCGCUUUCAGGCCCCUCUGGGAUCUCGAGGGACGAGACUUCCGCGAAAGCCAGCCGUCCUGAAGUUGAGUCCGCUACAGUCUUAGCGAGCCCGGCAAUGGAGAAUGAUAGACAGGCGUCGGUUUCAACCUCAUUGCCUGUGUAUGGGGUGCGUGUGACUAAGGAGAGCAGGAUCCCUUUGGAAGAGAAUAGCUCCUCCUUUAGCGAAAGGUCUGGUGACGAGUACUCGGGCUCGUCUUUCAGGGAAUCUCCAAGGGAAAUGUCUCACCGCGGCAGACGGCAGCGGCUACUGAUGGACUCUCAGUCAGUCGAAGUUGACGUAGAUCAGCUCCUGCUUGAUGUUGAGGCAUUGCGUGCUGAGAAUGAGCGAUUGAGGUCUGGUUCUGGGCCUUGGCUCGGCGAUGCUCCUGCACCCCUCUCAUAUCGCCCUCAGGUAUUUUACUGCCUCAACAAAGAGAAUUACUUUCUGGACGAGCCACACUGGGAAGCAGGGGACUAUCGCCCAGUGCUGCGCUCGACCAACCCCAUCAGAAACAUUGACUACUACAUCGACCAGCACCCGGAAAUCGCCUUCUACAUAAUAAAACGCUAUUCAUCGGUAGUGCCGGAGGACCCAUCCGUUCUGGAAAGAAGCGAUGGGGUGUUUCGUACCGCGAUUCCUGAGGAACAGACCUUGACUCUUGUGGCUUCGGCAAUGAUCAAUGCUGUGGAAGACUUUGUGCAGAACGUACCGGGCUUCAAAUUCUUUUUCCCGGAGUUUGAUCCGCGAGCGAAAAUCCAAAGCCCGUACUUGUUUAUUUUCUACUCGAUACCGUCUAUGGGGGACGCCCGGAGCAAGUUAGAUGCGCAAGGCCAAAAGCUCUUUGACCUCCUGUACAAGUGCAUUGACUCCAGUCACGGGCUGGAAUACGCCAGCGCCAGAAAAUACGAGUCCGAGGGUCUUACGUCAAGUCGUCUACUGCAGUAUCUUAUUAAGCCCGGGGACGUCUUGGUGAAUCUAGCGGGCCCAAACACUCAAGCCUACGUGGCAUUGGACUGGGCUCGACCACUCUUCGCCAUGGAAGGAGACUACGAAGCAGCACUGGCUUAUAUGAAAGAAGAAGGCACCUCGAACCCGGACAGCAAGUCUCAUCAUAGCAAGCGGCUCACGUAUAGUUGGACGGUUCCUGUAGCUCACUGGAGCUUUGACGGGAAUUUUGAAAGAACAGAAACCUCCCUGUUACUGACCAUGAGUGUCGAGUAUGAGAGUGAGACUGUCCCAAUCAAAUACUUGGAUUAUGUGCCCCUCAACCACACGCCGUCGGAUAUACCCGGGCUUCUAGAGCGCAGAGGCAUUACUUUCUGGUCACUGCGAUUUAGAAAAUACGUCACGUACAAAGAGCCUAGUAAUGAUGGUUUGGACAACACAGAGGAUCGGUAUAUGGUUGAUAUCCGGACAUACAAAAAGCUGCAGCCUGGUUCCAAGCUAAACAAAAAACAUCUACGAGCUGACUUGGACCAAAGGGAAAUGGCUAAUGAUGAGCCCCCCAGAGGCUAUCAUUUGCUGCUAUUCCCACCAGUUAUUCCGGGAUACAACCUCCUGCGAAAAUACUGGGCCGACCUAUAUGUCGACUACAUAUACGACAUAGACUGGAACAAGCAAGCGUUUCGAGAUCUCGUCGUCGACGAGGAAAUCAAAGAGCUAGUGCAGGCACUAGUAACCAAACAAAUCGCUUCUCGGAAGUCCACAGAUUCAAUAAGUGGUAAAGGGAAUGGCUUGAUACUGCUGCUUCACGGGGCACCGGGCACCGGGAAGACAUUUACCGCCGAGGGGGUUGCGGAGUUUGCUGAGAAACCUCUAUUCCGCGUCACCUGUGGUGAUGUCGGUACUGAGGCGACGGCCGUAGAUCAGUAUCUGCAAGCUGCUUUUCGCUUAGGGAAACUAUGGGAUUGUGUUGUCCUCCUAGACGAAGCCGACGUCUUCCUGGAAGAGCGCGACGUGCGAGAUCUAAACCGCAACGCGCUCGUCUCCGUCUUCCUCCGCGCCCUGGAAUACUACGACGGAAUCCUAAUUCUAACCUCCAACCGCGUCGGCACCUUCGACGAGGCAUUCAAAUCCCGCAUCCAACUCUCCCUGCACUACGAGAACCUCACAUACCCACAACGUCGCAAGAUCUGGCGCAACUUCAUGAACAGACUUAAGACUGUCGAUACAGAUAAUGUAGACUUUGACGAUAUACUAGAUCAUCUGGAUGAGUUGGGUCGGGAGGAUAUCAAUGGGCGAGAGAUUCGCAAUGCGAUUACGAUUGCGCGGCAGCUUGCGCAGUUUAAAGGGGAGAAGUUUCAGUACAGGCAUCUUAGUCGGGCGAUCAGGGUGAGUGGAAAGUUUGGGAAGUAUUUGAAGGAUUUGAGGGAUGGGCUUACGGAGGAUCAUAUCAAGCAUGAUCUAGGGGUGAGGCAUUCUUAUCAGAUACAGAGAUCUAAUAGCUUGUAGAUUUUCAUCUACACUUGGUAAUGUAGGUCUAAAAGAAAAAAAGCAAACAAGAGAAGUAUCAUUUUUUGACUGGAAUAGAUGGAUUUUUUUUGUUUAAUAUAAGGAUAAUUUAAUCAGUUCU